GUUGUCGACAGCUCCAACUUAAGCUGGAGUACGAGAGUAAAGGGCUUUGCCAUUUGCUUUGGGUUGGGGUUCCUGUUCUCCAUCCUUGGGUCUGCGUUGUUCUUCCUUCCUAAAGGUGUCAUUUUAUUCGGCAUCUUUUACACGCUGGGAAACAUAAUGGCUCUGUCAAGUACCUGCUUCCUUAUGGGGCCCAUGAAUCAACUGAAGAAAAUGUUCUCAAAGACACGCAUUGUAGCCACCAUCAUCAUGUUUACUGCCCUGAUCUUGACUCUUGUGGCAGCAUUUGCUGUGAAGAAAAAAGCACUGACAUUACUCCUAGUGAUUAUUCAGUUUCUAGCAAUGACUUGGUACUCCUUGUCGUACAUACCCUAUGCAAGAGAUGCUGCCAAGAAGUGCUUUGCUAGUUGCAUCGAUGCCUGAUUUCAUCUUAAUGCGAGAGAUGUUUCCAUAAGAGUCAUGAUCAGGGAUGCUGCUCUUCAGAAAUCAGUGAUGGAUUUUGUGCCUUUUAUUUGUAAGUCGUAAAUUGAAAGUCUUCUUGACCUUAAAACCACAGCUACUUGUAGUAAUUAUUGAUCUUUAAACCUUUUGUUAAAUUCGUCCUUUAAGGUAUGUGUUCCAGUGAUUUAUAUUCCAUACUUAAGCAGUUAAUCUUAGAACAUCAUGUUAGAUACUAUGCAUGUUGGAGUUAGAAAAGAAAUUUUUGUCUAAUCUUACUUACUUACUUAUAAAAGUUUCCUUUUGCAUUUUCCAAUUGUUGCCUUCCUACAGUAUUACUAUAUCCAUUUUUAGAAGAUUACCGUAUCAACAUAUUUAAGGUGUAAUGUGAAUUUAUCUUUGAGAUGUAUAAGUGAAAAAGUUAUUCAAGAAGGAUUAAAAAAGUUUAUUGCUUAAUACCUUAGUUCAAGGAUUGUGUAGAAUAAGAUGCCCAAAUGUUUUAGCAUACGUAUUUGAGUUUUGAUCUUGACAUAGUACUUUUGAUUUAUUUAAUUUCUUUUGUGUGAGACAAUUAAUAUAAUGUAGUACAGAAUUAAAAUACUAAAUGUUAUAGCUUUACUGUUUUUUUUUACAUAUUUGAUUGAUGCUAAGCCUUAUAUAAUUCAUAAUUUUUUUAUGCAGUUGUUAUAGUUAUAAGAAUGCCAUAAACUCUUCAGUUGAACUGUACAAUAUUGGUCAACUUAUUGUUAAUAUGAAACAUUUUGUUAUCAGUAAAAAGAAGUUGAUGGGAUAAAAGUCUGUUAUGUUUAAACAUUUGUUAGCAAGAAGGCAAAAAACUGCGGGAAAUACAAUGGUAAUUUUGUGUUAUAGUUCCAAUACUUAGGAUCUUUAAAUAAAAGAAGAUUUUCUUUUAGAUCUAUUACAGGCCAGCUAAUCCUUGCAGACCUGAUGCUUAAAGACAAAAUCAAAUUUUUGAGAGUAGAAAGAUAAGUUUUCUACUAUUUUUGCAUUAGUUAGCAAACAAUAUAAUGGAGCUGUAGCAGCUAUAAAUAUAUUUUUAUAAGUUUUAUAUGAAAAAUGCAUUGUAAUAGAAGUAAGUGUGUUAGGAGUCAAGAGCUUAGUCAUUGACUGUGUUGAAACUUGUUGCACUAUAUUUGCCUUUUGGCUCUUUCUUUUGCUUUUUCUUGUUGGCCCCACUGAUGAACUUAUACAUUCCUUCAGUCUGUUUACUGUGUGUACAAAGGAAAAGUUAAUAACAGAAAUGUAAAUUUGGAAUUGCUGACCUUUAAACAAGUUUUUGAGUAGAAAUAAUUUGUAACUUUUCCUCCAUUCAAAUUUUGAAGGUAAAUGUGGAUUGUUUAGUGCUUGCUAUUCCUUACCAAACUGUUGUAGUUCUCCUGGGCACUAAAGUUUGGAUGGAUGGAUUAUGGAAUUUAGGGCAUAGCCCAAGCGCUGGGACCUAUAAGAUCAUUCAGCGCUGAAAUGAAAGUAUGGCUAGAUGGAAAAAUGAGAAAUGAAAUGAAAAUGAUAAACUGAUGACAUUCCUGCACUUGAAUAGGACUGUACAUCAGCAAAGGCCAUUUUACUCUUCCCCCAGCAUUCUGAUCAUCCAAAGUUAUGAAAGAUCGUUUUGGCCAGGGGGCGCACUGAAGUUUGGUUGAAGUUGCUGUUGCAAUGUUUUUGUCAUCUUUAAGAUGAUGUUUCUCAGGAGUUGGGGAGUUCCUGGUGCAGGUUAUGAAGUUACAUUAUUGAAGAAAAAGCUGUCCAAAUAUACAUUUCAAUACUCUACUGUUAUUGAGUAUUUUCCAUCAGUUAUAUUUCCUCUUAUAUUCCAUUAUGUACUACAUCUAUCAUUUUCAAAAAAUCAGACAUGGAAAACUCUUCUUUAAAAUCUUUGUGAACUGAAAACUCGAUAUAGUUAUAAGCCAACUUGUAAUGAUUUCUAUAAUUUAAACAGCACGAACUUGAGUAAAUGCUUGGAACGAAAGGUUUUAAUGGCAUUCCUGGUAAAUUUAGUAACUGUUAAGCUUCCAUCUUAAAGGCAUAUAUUUUGAUUAAAAUGGUAGAUGCACCAUGUGCAUCAAGUCUCAUUUAUUAUCGUUGCUAAACCACUUUUUAUGGGGUGCUGUCUACUAUACAUCUUGAGUGGGUCACAGUAAAUGAGCCUUUAGGUAAUUUUAGGAUUUAAUUUGUUUUGUUUUAUGUCAUUUCCCCUGCCACAUUCUUUCCUAUCUGUGCAACAUCUUGAAAUUGUUCCUCCUUAAUGAAUUCUUUUGAGCCAGCUCCAUGAAAGUCAAGGUAUUUUUGUCUUUAUAGUUUGUUUAAACUAAUAUAAUGACGUCAACAGACUCGAUAAUUAAUCUGGAUCACUCUUGAGAGCUGAUGUGUAUAUUAGGCUUUUGCAGAUUCUUUUAUAAUAUUCUCAUGAUUGUUCUAAUUACUGAUAUUUGUUCUUAGCCUUGUAUACAUUUAAUCUGUACAGAAUCUAUACUUAAUAAAUAUGUACUGUAUACCACUAUCUGAAUCAUCUUGCAGGCGAUGUAAUUAAAUUUUCUAAUUAAAACUGCAUUAUUAAUACUAAGUUUUCUCAUUCUGAAUUAAUGUAUGUGUUAUAGAUUCUUUUGUAAUAAAAGAUGGGGUCAGGUUUAAUUGUUAAAACAAAGGCUGUAAAUUUCUUUGAUAGUACUUACUUUGAUAAAAUGUAUGGGAACUUUAAAGCCUGCUGAUUCUCCAGUAGCAGAUUUCUUUAUCAUUAAGUCGAGUACAGUAAUAACCCGAACUUAUGUGAGGUUAGGUUCCGGACCUCCUCGUGUAAAGGGAAUUUUUUGCGUAGUUUGGCAUGGUCUCUAAAAAUGCAAAUAAAUGCAUACUUCUAGUUUUAACACUAAAUAUGACUGUAAUCAUGCUCCCUAAAUAUUAAGCUAACUUUUAAAUGAAAUUGAAGUUACUGUAAUUUCAUUUAAUAGUUAGCUUAAGGGGGCCGGCCGGCUAAUGCCAUUUUUUAACGACAGGACUUUGACAUUCAUACCACUUAAUAAGGUGACUUGGGACAUCUCCAAACCGCAUAUGAUUUUUGCCUCUGACCUUCGGUUUUGUGACGCCAGGGCAAUUUAUCCCGAAAAUAACUUUUUCAAAUUCUAUCUCCUCCCUUGAUAUUUAAUAUUAAGACCUGGGAUUACUACCAUAUAUAGACCUGAUGUAGACCUCCAAUCAAAUGGAGAGUUUUUUUUCUAAAAGUCAUUUUUUUGCUAGAUAUGAAUUUUUCAAUAUGGUAAAAAAAUAAACCCUAUAAAUCACGAGAAAAAAAUUUAUAAAAAAAAGAUGAAACAAAAAUUGGAAAAAAGGGCUCUAUUUGAUUGUUCUAUAAUGUCUUUCUGAGUUAUAUACCAAAUUCCAAUGAUAUAGCUUCAAAACUAAGUGAGGAGAUAGAUUUUGAAGGUCAAUAAGUAUAGUUUUGAGAUACGGGCGUUCAAAGUUUUCCUUCGUAUUUCUAUAAAGACAUUGUUAAUAAAUAAUGAUUAUUAUGAAUGUAUAUUUCUUUUUUGUGUAUUAAUAAACCAAAACUAUUUUAUUUAUCAUAAUUUAAUCAUAAAUGAUGAUCCCUUUGCUCACAUAUUGUAGCCUGGGGCACAGCUUGAGGCAAGAUGGGGCACUACUCCUUCCUACGUAACCCCCUCUCUCCCCUUCACUAACUCUGCUUAUUACAGCGAAUUUUCUUUUGUAUGUUAGCGAGAUGUUUUCCUUGUAUUUUCCUCUUUGGCAUGAUGACAUUCUUGCCGAAACAAAGAUAAACAAACGUAAAUGCAAGAGAAUGUCAAAGGUGAAACUCGAAAGUGUACUCUCUUUUUACAAAGACUUUAAUAAAUCAUGAUUAUUAUGAAUUUCAUAUUCCAUUUUGGGUAUUAAAAAACCAAAACUAUGUUAUUUAACAUAAAUGAAGAUCUCUUUGCUCAAAGAUCGUAGUAGCCUUGGGCACAGUGUGACGUGUGCUGUCAGGCAAGAAGGGGGCGUUACAAGGCAACCCUCCCCUCUCUCUUCACUAAGUACGCGUAUAUUAUGAUAUUCUGUAAUAAUACUUGAGCGAUUUUUCUUCGUCUGUAUGUUAGCGAGAUGUUUUCCUUGUCUUUUCCUCAUUGGCAUGAUGAACUUCUUGCCGAAACAUACAUAAACAUACGUAAAAGCAAGCGAAGUCACGAGGUGAAACUCGAACGUGUAUUCUACUUGAUUGCACCAGAUACUCGCUUAUGCGAGCCACGGAAUCUCUACAGAUGUCAUUUCUCACAAUUUCUUUGCCAACAAUUAUCAAAAUUUAUGAUAACAGAAGAAAUAUUGCAUUUUCUUGUACGGAUGAAUGUUUUAGGCUUAUUGAGUUAUGUUUACUAAUUACCCUGUAACUACGAAAGUAAGAGGAAUUUUGACGAAAUAUUUCGUAUACGUAUUCUCAAUUGCCAUAUGAAGCUCCAUGAAUUUUUUCAUGACUUUGCAUUUUUCGCCCUAUACCACCAUAUAUAGGGGUUCCGGCCGGCCCCCUUAAUACAUUAUCCUUAAAAAGAGAAACAAAUGGUUGGUAAAAAUAAAGGAGGGUGUGAAGAUCACAUAUGUACAGUAUUUCUCUCUUUCCCUCUUCCAACCAACCGAUCUAUUUUUAGAAGUCUUCUCAACCACUUUGAAGCAAUUCUUUAUUCUGUCUCUUUCUCUUUGUUCUGACAUUCCUUUUCAUGAACAAACAGUGCUUUUUAUUUGGACUAACACCACUCUUAGUUAUGUCGCUAACUACGAGGAAGAAAAUCAUUGUCUUAACAUAAGUAUUAAACUAACUUUUAAAUGAAAUUAAAGUGUAAAAAUCAUUGAUCGCUUAUCGGCAACCCUCUCCCUCCAGUCACAUUACUUGACAUGUUUGACAUCUGUGGACUUUGAGCUUCUGGAGUUAAAGACAAAGAUGAGGGAAAGAAUUCUUUAUAUGCAUCAUUUUGUCAUUACAGUUAUAUUAUUAUUAUUAUUAUUAUUAUUAUUAUUGUUAUUGUUAUUAUUAUUAUUAUUAUUAUUAUUAUAUUAUUAUUAUUAUUAUUAUUAUUUUAUUAUUAUUAUUAUUAUUAUUAUUAUUAUAUGAAAAUAUUAAUAAACAUAUAGUAGAUGUACCAUAAAAAUUCUCUCAUCUCAGUAAGAGAGAGAGAUAAGAGAAGAGUUGUUGUUACUUAAAAGUGAAAUGGAAAGGUUAUUUCUUUAAUAUACUAUCACAUACAAAUUUUGUAAUUACAAUUAGUAUGUUAAUAAAUGUAGCACAUACUACAUGUACCAUAAAAAUUCUCUCAUCUUGGUAAAAGAGAGAGAGAGAAGUAUUCUUUUUAUUAUUUAAUGUUAUUCAAUUUACACAUAAAAGCUUGAAAACUUAUAAAUUACUUUAAGAAACUAAACAAACAGUUUUGCAGGGUUUCUCCAGGUUUCGAAAAUGUUGUAUUUUUGUUCGCGUGUCUGUGAAAUACUCGCGUAUGAUAAUUAGUUAGGUUCCAGUGAAAAUUUCGCGCUAUUGUGAAUUUGCGCAACUCGAAUCACGUAAGAUUGAAGUAUUACUGUAAAGUAUUUUGCAACUUAUUCUUUAGCAAUUUUUUUUUUUUUAUCAAACUGGAGAUGUGGCUUUUGUCUUCCCAGGUAAUGAGACUCGCAUACAGCUUGGUUUGAACUACGGAAAAUGGUAACUUUAUGUGUCUUUCAGCUGAACUUUGUAUUGGGUCUCUUAGGUGAUAAACUCUUUAACUCUCUUAAGUGGUUACACAUUUUCUUCACUUAGGAAGGACAGUGACUUAUUUAGACAAAGGGGUCUAGAGAUCAAUUGAUUGGGAAAUCAUUCUUUCACAAAGGGGGAAGAUUUUACAUACAAAGUCCAUAGGAAGUUGGGGAAUAAGUGCCUUCAAGGGUGGUAUAGAAGAGAAAGUAUUAUUUUUAAGUUCUUCCAGUUUCAAUUACUUUUACUUAAAGGUCUUUUUGAGAUAGUCACCUUACUGUAGAGUGUCGUACCACAAUAUACUGUUUUCCAAAGUCCUUUUUAUUCAAGGUAACUUGGUAAUUUUGAAUUUAAUUCUUCCAUCAUACAAGUAGUUGGGAAAAGUUAUACCCUACAACUGUCUCUUGUAAAUAUUUACAUAUUCCUUUAUGUCUGUAUAAGAAACUGCUGAGCUUCAGUAUUUCACUGUAGCCUACUUAUGAUUGUUGUUAGUAUAUAAUUUUUUCACUUGAUAUUGAGUUAUUAGAGUCUAUGCUAUUAUAUAUUUAUAAAAUAAACAGUAGUUAUAAAAACUGUU